UCAGACGAAGACCUUCCCAGCCAAGCGAGAUCGAUAAUGUGCACAGCAGCAGCAAAGGCUGCAGCUGAAAAAGCCAAGGCCGCAGCCGCAGCGGCUGCAGAAGUCGCUGUGGCUACUGCUGAGGAGACUUCCCGUUCCAGACGACUGUCUCCUCGAUGUCUUCGAGGAGACAGAACGAACGGACUGCUCGGGGAGAUUCACAGAGAUACUGAAACAGGGGGUCAGGUCCACCCGGCGCCUCAAGGGGAACGCGCUCGGACCAAGACAGAUGAGUUAGGAAGCAGCAAAAACAGUCUCCUUUCGCCUCGUUACCUAUUGUCCAACAGAGACGUGGAGUCGGCCGCAGACCGGCGGCUACCGACACACGAAAAAUACCGAUCUGCGGAAGAAGAAAGCUUCUCGUUACAAGAAAAAGCAGUGGCAAGUGAGGGCAGCUCGGAAGGAAAAAUUCCCUGCCAUGCAGCCGAGGGAGUGAAGAAGAAAUGUAAUAUCACGUCGGAAGAGAAAUUUACCACUGGUGGAGGGGAAGCGGGACUCCUUCGCUCCGCUGCUCUUUCCGCAAGCUCCUCGACAGCACAACGGCCUGGCGUCUCACGAAGGGGAUCACUGGAAAGCAAGAAGAGAAGACAGUCAGACACAUCACAAGUUCUCCUUCCAUGUGGAAGUUCGCGCGGGCUCAUGGAAAAAGGUAGUAUAGGAGGGGAUGAAAAACGUCCUGGAAACGACGUACGCAACACAGACGAGCGACACAACUAUCGCCUAUCAUGGAGAGCAUGCACCGACGUGCAUCGUUGUGAAAUAAGCCCAAAUCGUCUGGACGGAAAAAGCGACGCAGAAAGGAGAAGCCGUUUCGGAGGCACCACCCUCUCCCCUUCUGACUGUCGAGUUCCGUUUUCACAGUCGAAGAGAGCAGAAAGGAGGAAGAAAUUUAGUGAAGCAAGAAUCCGAAUGGUCAACCGCAGUUACGAUAUGUCGAGAGCUUGUUCGCAAGAAGAAUUUGGAGUCCAUUCGUCUUCAGAUGAAACCGAGAGGCGGCGCAGAAAAGUGAAACUUCUGGGAGGACAAGGAGUUCUGCGGAACUUUGAAGCGAGCGUCGAGUCGCCUCUGUGUCAAGCGAGAAGUUGCGAGGGAGACGAAAGCGAGUCUGGAAGGUCAGAGCGUUGUCUCCUGCUGAGGGCACGUGAGGAACGAAGAAGAAAACAGGUGACUCGCGAGAGUAGAGACCGAACCGAGAGCAGAAGGGGGAGGAGAGGCCAGCUGCUGAAGACGAGUGAAGAGACGAACCGAGGAGAGUCGAGGGAGUCUCCGCCUUCUUCGUCGUUCCACUCGAACGCGACAAAGGAGAAAGAAGAAACCGAAGAACGGCUACAGCCUACACAACGAAGCAGAAUCACGAGUGAACCAUGCAAGGAUAGACAGGCGGACGAAAAACACCAGCGCUGCUUGUCCUUCUGUCCUCCUUUGAGACAGAGCAGAAGCAGGGGCGUCGACCGAAGCUGCGAGAGCGAACGAAGCAAAGACACGAGGAAAAUGGAGACACACAUGUUUUCGUAUACCUCCAGUGAGCGCCAUGAAGGGAGUGUAAGCCGUAGAAGUCAGACACCGGCGACAGCCUCCGGUGAAGGGGAAACAGCAGCUGAGGAAAGACCAAUCCUGCCGGAGAAACGAAGACGAUUGUCGGCCUCUCCGAGGGCAUCACAGGCUGAGGCGUCGAGUCCGUCUAACGAAGGAGGCCCUCGGUACAGGAGACACUUUGAACCCACACACGUUGAGCCCACACAGAGAGGAAGGAGCGACCAACAACCUCGUCUCUCGAGACACCCGGUGGAGAUGAAAGUGAGGGAAACAGACACGAGGCUCGACAUCGGCGGAGAGGAAAAACACAAUAAUUCUCCCUCGAAGUGGCUUCUAUCCUUCCCCGGGUUCUCGAUCUCUUCGUCCACCCGAAGCCUGUCCCCGCAGAGAAAUCGACACACACCGCGUUCGACAGAGACAAAGCGGCCGGUCUCUGUCCCUCGUUCUUCUUCUGCUUCUUCUUGCUCGGCGUUCGCUUCCUCUUCACCUUCGUCUUCGCCAUCUCUUUACUCUUCUGCGUCCCUGUCUUCUUCCUCUCUUCCUUCCUCGGCUGUUCCUGGGGCGUGGACUCCGUCUUCUUUCUCGUCGCGUCUCUCUGCCUUCUCCGUCUGGUCCUCGCUGAUCGAGAGCGGAAGCCGAAGUGCAGGCUGUAAGGGAACUCAGGAGCCUCGAGAGAGACAGGAAGAAGACGCCGUGAGUGAACGAGGAGACAGGAGACACUCAGCUCGACAAGGAGGCGCAUCAUGCGGAAGCCUCUUCGACCUCACCCCUGGGUUCCAAGGCCCCGACGCGGCGUCGCCACAACCGUGCUCUCCGACCUUCGGUUUCCGAGAAGAGAAACUCAGCUUGGAGGCAUUCGAAAAUGGGCAGACUGGGAACGAAACCGUCGCGUCUAUGGCCUCAGUCUCUCUUCCACAAGCUUCUCCACUCUCAUCUUUCGCUUCCACAACAGGAGACCUCCGCGGCCAUGCUCUGCCUGUGACGACAAACGCGCCUGUGUGUGCCAGUGUCCCCUGCGAAACGACGCCAUUCUUCUUUCCAGACAACCACGUUCUCUCUCGUCCUCAGAUGGCCUGUUGGCCCUCAACCACACAUUCCACCUCCUGUCCCUCCUCGUCUCUUGUUCCAUCUUCUUCUCUGUCUUCUUCUUCUUCUUUUCGGUAUUCUUCCUCUCUGUCUCCGUCGUCUGUGGCUUCUUCUUCGUCUUCGGCUGCGUCGCUAGGGCCUUCUGUUUCCGAGUCUCGACCUGCGUUAGGUUUGCGCCUCGACCUUCCAGGGGAUUCUGCAGAGCGUGAGAAGGCGUCUGCAUGCGAGGAUCCCUCGUCGCUGGCGUUCUUCUCUCCCACCCUUCUCUCUCCUACCUCUGUGCACCAAGAGGUCGCACCACCGCUCACCGACUCGGCUGAAUCUGCAGCAGUCCAUCUGGAACGCGUCCAGCUCUCCCCCGGCGGUGCCCCGGCUUCGACGGUCGCCUCCCAGAUGCGAAAGGACGCUGGAGAGGCGCUCGGCUCCGCGGCAGCAUGCAUGCAGACCCAGGGGCAUCGACGCUGUUCCUCGCCCUCUCCCCGGUCGUCUUCGUCGUUAAAGCCUUCAGAGUUCACUUCACUUCUUUCUCCCGAGGAAGUAUCCGAGUUCUUUGCCCGAGAGCUGCGACAGAUGUGGCGACACCCGCGCUUCUCUUUCUCGCCGACUCGAUCGACAAACUCAGGUACUUCGCCUGCCGCACCCACAAGUUCUUCCUGCUCCUCUUCAUCUUCUUCUUCCUGUUCCUCUUCAUCUUCUUCUUCCUGUUCCUCUUCAUCUUCUUCUUCCUGUUCCUCUUCAUCUUCUUCUUCCUCGAUUGCCUCAUUUGCUAGUCCCGAGUUGAUGUCGUCGCGAGAACUCGCGUCGGCCGUCUCACCGGCUUCUGCGGGAGACGUUCGAGGUAGAAACGAGGAAAGGAGAGAGGGGGAUAUAAAGAGAGACGAGGGAAAAAGAGACAUCUGCGAGACGUUGGCGAACGGUGCGGAGAUUCGAGAAGGUCAAGAGAACAGCUCAGCGGCUUCUGCGGCAGAGAACCUGAGUUGGCGUUCGUCUCUCGACAGCCCCCUGUCCUCGCCUUCUUCUUCAUUUCUUGACUUUUUCUCCGACCUGGAAAUCGACAGUGAUGAGGAAGCGCCUGACGAACAGCGCAGGACGGCUGGCGCGGACGACGCGCCAUGUGCAGACACUCGACGGCAAGCCAUCGACCCCACGAGCGGAUUUCGCACCUCGUCGCCGCGGCGUUGCUCUUGUCAGGAGAGCGACAAGAUCAAAAGGAACCUGCUGGGAGACAGCGAGAAUCGAGGAGCUAGCCAGGGAAUGCUUGUAACUCCCAGAGGUGAAUCUGUCGCUUGCUCCGUGAAUGUUAAAACUGGUGACGACGGACAGGACGGAGAGUCGAGACGCCCGAGACGCUCGAAUCUGGGAGAAGGCAAAGCUCCGAUAUCGGAGGGAACCGAGAUUCAACCGCGUCCAGGCUCGAAAGAAGCAAACAGAGGAAGUUGCGGUGGAGGCGAAGAACUAAACGAAAGUACCAGAGGAGCUCGAGAUGAUCCUGAAGAAGCAAAGGCUUCCUUGGGACGAACGAAAAACCACAAGAGUCUCAGAAGAGAGCGAAGAAACUCCCAGGAGACGCACACACAGUCCAAGGCUCGCGCGAUAACCGACGUCGGCGCAGGCGGCAGAGAGGAGACGCGAAUCAACGAAGAGGAAGAAGACGGCUUCGGUCCGGAUUCGACGAAAGGGUGCAUUCCCUUGGAGACCGCCCAGCCUGCGGCUUGUCUCUCGUGCGAGUCGACAGUCGCAGAGUUCGUCUCCUCUUUCUCUCCGGCUGCCUCGCCCAUGAAAAAUGGCGCAGCCUUGACGGCUCUGGACUCCUGUGCGGAAGCGCGGCUUCCGACGUCAGUCCCUCCCCUGUGUGGAGGACCGUCUUCCCCCGCUCUUUUACCGAAGAGGCGUUCAGACGCGGCAACGGAAACGCCAGCCUCUCCUGUUCGUCGGGAAGAGGGAGGAGAGGAAGUGACACAGAUGAAGAAAUCGAAGGCGACGUUGAAACGCGACGCUUUCCCUCUGUUGCUCUCGCAAGAGCCUCCCUGCUCUCCGUGCGCCAUCUCGACAGAUCGCGUCGCGUUGGCGCCGAUUUCGUCCUCAGACGCGGGGUCUCUUUCUCUGGAUUUGACUUCCUUUUCGUCCUCUCCUUGCGCAUGUGGAGCCCCAACUUCCGUUUCUUCUUCUUCGCACUCUGCUCCUUUUUCAUCUUCUGCUACUGCGUCUUCUGCUGUGACAGGGUGUGCUUCUGCGGUUCUUGGAUAUCCAUCCGUUGCUUCUACAUGUCUGGAAGGUGCAUCGUUUCCUUUCCACUCUUCUGAUGCUUCGUCUCCUGCUCCGUUUCCCGCGGCUGCGUUACCUGCUGCUACUGCUGUGUCUCGAGAGUCUUGUCCAUCGUCCUCGUCUCUCUCCGCGUCUUCAAGAGCCGCGUCGCUUUUCCUCAUGGAAGUGGAGAGCCUAUUCGGCGAUUCGUCUGCGUCAAGUACAGCGAAGCAGGCGAACUGUGAGAACGCAGAAGAGGGUGCAAGGGGGGCAGUUGCCGAGCAGGCAGACGCGCCUCCAAAGGGGGGCACGGCAUCGUCUGCGCUCGUCAACAGCAACGCUGGAGUUUGUUGCCGUCUUUGGUCUUCUUCGAGUCGCCUGCCGCCUGCCGGGGCCGUCGACAGGUUAGCAGAAGGAGGCAGCUUCGAGGAGGAACGCCAAGAACUGCAGGGAUUUGAGUUCGGUGCGAAAAACGGGGAGAUGCACCCCACAAAGAGAGAGAGGGCGGACAGCGAGAGAGCGACUGAGGAGAGAGAACGACCGAAAGGAGGAAGGCGAGGGGAAAGCGAGAACCAGAGCGAGAAAGAGAGAGAGAGACUGAAAGUGGAAGAGAGAGGGAAAUUGAGGAAAGAAGCUGCAAGACUGAGAGCUGAGUGGAGGCGGCAGGAGCGCGUGGAGAGGUACCAAGAACGAGUGCAGAAAACGCUCAAGGAGAAGGCGAUGGGUUUGAGAGAGAAAGUAGAGGAGAUACGGAGGAAAGUGAGGAAACUCUCUGAGACAGAAAGGAAACUCAGGCUGAGAAAGCGACAGAUGUACAGACUCGUGGACGCACUGGACGCCGAGAAGAGACUCGGCGAGCGGGUGUACAGACAUGUCUCGGGACUGAAGGCAGAGACGCAGCGGGAGAGAGAAGCGCUCCUGCAGGAAAAGAUGUCCGUGAAGAGAGAGAAAGCAGAACUAGAUAGAGAGCGAGAAGUCCUGCGGCGGGAGAAAGAAGAUCUCUGUCAACAUGAAGCCGAGCUGGAGAGAGAACGAGAGGAGUUGCUGAAGGAGGAAGCAGAGUUAAGGAACAAAGAGCACUCUUUAGCGGUCGCGCGAGAAGAAGUGGACGUCUGCCGGCUGCAGCUGUGGAAAGAAAAAGAGGCGUUUGAGGAAGAGAAGGAUGUGUAUCGCCGAGAAUGCGACAAACUCUGUCGAUUGCGCAGCGAACCUGGGAGGUCUGAACCCCAGAGCAGGCGGGGCGAAGACAAAAGAGAAGAGGACGAAAGAGAGGGAGAAGAACAAAGUGAAGCAACAGCGGCGGAGACGCAGCAGAUGGAGAGAGAAGAGCGGCUGGCUUGGGUCGACGAAAAGGUUGCGAGUCUCCGGGCAGACCUCGAGGAAGAGAAACAGAAACUGGAGCGCGAGAAGAGGGCGUUUGAGUCGCAAGUUUCCGUGCGCGAGCACAAACUCGGGGACAUGCUCGAGUCUCUCAAGCAACAGACGAAGGCCUUUCUUUUGUCUCAAGAGCGGCUGGAAAGCGAUCGUGAGUCUCUGGAGAGAAGGAAGGCAACGCAUGCAGCGGACCUCAAAACAUUCGCUAGAGAAAAACAAGUUCUCGCGAGACAAAGAGAAGCAGUCGACCGCCACUGGGAAAGAUGUUGCGAGGUCCUACAGAAGGCAAGAAAAGAGAGGCAGCGAGGACCCCCGAUCGACACAAUCAGAGAAGGACGAGAGAGAGAGGGGAGAACUGAAGGGGACAGUGGCGCAGCAGGUGAAGCAGAGACAGACGGAGACAAUUGCGUUUUCUUCUCGAGUGAAAGUGAAGGCUCCAAGACUGUCUCUGCCCUCUGCUUCGACGCGACACCUGAGUCGCCCAGAUCUUCUUUCCACUCACCCUCGGCGCCUUCAGAGUCACUGGCAGGGGAUGGAUGGCCUCUGCCGCAUUUCGGGACGGUGGCUAGCAGAGAGAGGACGAAUGCAGCGACAUACAUGAAGGACGACGACAGCGGGGAAGGUGAAGACGAUGAAGAAGAAGAGGAAACGGAAGCAGCAGAGCCCAGCGGUGGGCUGUAUGUUGACGAGACAGGAGACGGAAGCGUCGCGGAGAGCGAGCCAGGGGAGGAGCGAGGAAGGCGCCAAGAAACGAAAGAAGAGACAGGCAAACAGCUGGAGCCAGGCAGGAGAGCGCUGAGUUUCUCGUACAUCAGUCCCUCGUGCGUUUCAACGUUUCUACGCAGAGAACAGCCGACACACAAAAAGACACGGAAAGAGGCAACGGAGACAGACGAAGAAGCAGAGAACAAGAACGAGAAAAAGAAAGGGAACAAAAAGGAGAACAAGAGAGAGAAGAAGAAAGAGAAGAGGCCUUUCUCCUUUCGUGAUCCUCUGUGCCAGGAGAAUUCACCUGAGGCAGCAUAUGUUCUUACGGAGGACGACGAAGCUGGAGAUGUCCAAGGUCCACGCUGCCCAGAGGACGACGAGUGCUCAGGAGGCCAUGACUGCGCAAGAGAAGCGAGAGACACGCAACGCGCCUCUGGACUUUGCCAGGCGCGGACGGCAGCUCUGGAGUGGACAUGCGACGACCUCGCGCAGAGGUUCCGGCGGAGCAACGAGGAGCUUCGGAAAUGCGAGGAGGCGCUUGCAGCGGCGCUAGCGGAGAAGGCGCGUCUGGCGGCCACAGUUCACCUGCUUUCUCGGCAAAUUGAGGAUUCGGCUAAAAAACAUCCCAGGCAGAACGAAGGCAGCUCGGCCCGCGAAGGAGACACUGGAGCCCGUGAAGGAGACACUGGAGCCCGUGAAGGAGACGCAGGCGACCACGCACGACGAGGGUGUUCUCCGCCAGAGAGCGAACCGGAGUUUGUGCAGAGAGAUCGCGAAGACGAGACAUUUCGAGAACAGCUUGGGAGGCUGUUGGUGAAACAGGAAGAGUAUCAGAGACGCGUGACGCAAGCUGAGGAAGAAGUCGAACGCCUAGAGGCGCACCAGCUGCAGCUGCUCGAGAGGCUCAGACAGGCAGAGCAGGAGAAGGAGACUCUGCGAGAAUCGUGUGCCGCCCACCGUCUCGCUCACGAGGAAACAAAGUCGCUGCUGGCAGCAGCUUCUGCAAAGCUCGCCAAGAGGAACGCCGAGUUCGCGAAGGUGGAGAGGAAAGCGCGACUCGCCUUGGAGUCUGCGAGGGAUGCCGAGCUCCGAGCGUCGACGGCGGAAAGAAAGGCUGGCGCUGCUGAAGCUGCGCUGGAGACGGCAGCGGUGACAGCGGCUGAGCGAGAAGCAGAGAGAAUUCGCGAGUCGCAGAAGGCCGUGGAGGCAACGAGCAGAGAAAUCGCACAGGUGAAAGCAGCGCUGUGUGCCGCUGAAGAGAUGGCGCGAAAGACGAGGGAAGAGCACGAAGCAGCCGAGGCUGCCUGGCAACGCAGGUUGGACGCGAAAACCGAAAAAGAAAACGGCCUGCUGGCAGAGUUGCAGGAGACACAAACGCGUCUCGAGCAGAUGCAGCUUCUGCACUCGGCCUUUCACAGUCGCAUGCAUCACGUCCAAACCUGUCUUCUUGAGGCCUCGCGACCUUUGGGGUCUCCGCCUGACGCGCAAGCGCAAACGCCUUCUGCUCCCGCGUCUUGGCCUGUUUCUGCUCGCUCGAAGCUUCUGCCAGCACCUGCUGUCUGCAAGCCGGAGGCGACAAUCCCCUGGACGACGAGAACACCGGGCGCGAGAGAGGUGCACUGUGCCCUCGAGCGAAGAAUGAAAUCAAACACCCUCUCUCUUUUGCGAUCUCCUCGGCAUCCUGAGAACUCCCAGGGACAUCAGGGGAGUCGCAGACCGCACGCCAAGAGCCGCCCGCUUCUGCUUCCUCCUCCCGACUUCGCCUCUCUGCUUGCCUCUGCGUCUUCCAGCUCCUCCGUUUCUUCGGUCAACUCUUUCUGCUCGCCUUCCUCCUCCACGUCCGCAUCUUCUUCUUCCUUCUCCUCGUUCUCUUCCUGCUCUCCAGCGCGAGCUCUAAGAGACUCUGCGGCGACGCUUGCUCUCCGCGCCGCCGCGAGGUCACCCGCUGGCGUCGCCUGUGGCGGAGACGCUGUGAGGCCUCGGCCGGCGCGGGAGUCUUCCUCCUUCUUGGCAUCGCCUCUGGCGGCCUCAGCCGUCUCAGUGGAGCCGGCGUCUCUUCCAGAAAGGACGAGCGACAGGCCGAAAAGAGAAAAGAAACGCAAGGAAGAGAGUGCCUUGCGUCAGAGCGUCCCGGCGGAGACAAUCCCACAACCCAGAAAGGAAACCAAUGCGAAGUGUGGGGAAACGCGAAGCCGCCGAGAAGAUGGAAUACGCGACAAGGACAUACUGAGUGGCGAAGGAAAGCAAAGUCGACCUUGUGUUUUUUCACGGUCGUCGCCGCGUUUCUCUCUCGAGACUUGCGGUCGCGUCUCCCCAGAGAGAACAGUCACUUGCGCCACCGCUGCGUCUUCGCAGCCUUCUCCAGAAACCGCUUCGCAUCCUUCUGCCUCUCUAGCGUGUGCCUCCGCUUCUGCGCUGAUUCCAUCUGCCGUGACUUGGUUCCUUUCUCCGACUUCGCGGCGAUCUCGUUCGCGAGCGCUCCCCUCUGGGGCGCCUCAGCCGGCCGGGCCAGCCUCGAGGAGAGCGAGCGAGACGAGAGAGAACGGAGGGAAGAUCGAGAACAGCGAGGGUGUGGAGCACCGCUCGGGUGGAGGUGAACAGAAAAAGAAGAGAGAAGACGGAAAGAGGGCAGAAACGCAACGGGGAGGACGAGGGAAUGAGACACCCCCAGCAGGAGUUCUGAGGCUGACAAAGCGGCUCGCGACUGCCGAGCUGCAUGCUCUGCUUAGUGGCCGACAGUUAGGUUGCUGACAACAACUCCAGUGAUGAGAGAGAUGAAGCGCCUCCUUCUUCAUGAGAGAGGCAGGCAGAGAAAGAGAGAACGGAGACAGUUCGCUUCCAUCUAGUAUAGUGAAUAGAAGUCCAGUGAGGUGAUUGAGAAAUCCCGAUGCUCUGUGAUUGGUGUACACCUGCCAACGAGAAAGAGAUUGGGAAAAGACACGAGUCGCAAGGUCGCCAGGAAUUCGGAAAGGCCCACCAGAUGAACAGUCCAUGUGAUUUGACAAAGCCUUUUGACCUCAGUUUCUAAAAUGUACUCCACAUUGUCGCCGGCAUGCUCUUUGUGGACGCUAUUCUCGUGUCUCAACGUCGCGAAACGACCUUGUGGUUGAAACUGUCAUCGUGGAGCCGCGAACGAAAGUCAGAUCCGGCACCGGAGUGAAAGAAAGCAAAGUUCGUGGAACAUACAGAACAGUCUCUCUUGUGCCUCUCCCCCUGUCCCUGGUCUCUGUGCUUGUCUUUUUUCUCUACUAAUGUUCUGCUUCCGACCUGGUCGGUCUGUGUACCAACCGCUCUUUACCUCAGCGAGGUUUUGUCUGUCGCAAUCGUCUUCGCUCAUUCGUUAAAA